CAUAAAGUGAUACAUACAUCACCUCUCUCUAUUUAUUUUUUUUUUAUAUUUUUGCAUUUUAAACUUGGCUCCUUCCAAAUUAACUCUUUUUUUAAUCAUCUCUUCGUACAAGCCAUGGUUGUAACACAGCUUUCUAUAACACAUAACAUAGAUUUCGAGUAUCCAUUCAAGACUGCUUAUGAUAGCUCACCAAUCUUGAUCAGAGGCGAAUUCAGAAUUAGAUUGGUUAGAUUUAUAGAGCAUGAGGUACCUAGUGGAUGGCCACUUGGGCUUGAAAACAUGAACAUAAGGCUUAGAGUAGCUGAGAGAUCUCAGGCUGUAACAGUUGCAGCAGGAGGAGAAGCUGCAUACGGUUUGUACGUAUCUUCGCCAAGUUUCUCAUCUUUUUCAUCCUCCAGCCUAGACACUGAGUCUACAAUGUCCUUUUUCCAAGAUCAAAGUGUGUCUCUAGGCCGACUUAUCGGUAUUAAACCAAGAAGCAGAGGAAUAUCAAACAGAGUUCAUAAUGAGGAUGUUUGUGUUACAAGAUCAGAGGCAGAGGAUUACAAGGGACAACAAGGAGAUAAUAUGUCAUAUAAACUCUGUGUUCCAUUGCUACAUAAUGUGUUAGAGAAGAUGACUCGUAGUAAGAGUAAUUCACACUCACCUAAAAACUGAUUUUAUUUCCCACAAAUUGAUUGUGACACUAGUAAUGCUGCUUUGUCAUUUCUGUUUUUCUUCUUUGUAUUUUGAUAAUAAAAUAACACAAUUGUAGACAAAAAAAAAAGACUUUAGUUUGGAAAAAUGAAUUGUAUUUUGGUGAUAAAAUAACUUGUAGACAAAAAAAAAAAUACUAGAGUUUGGAAAAAUGAAACGCGCCAGGUAGGGGUCGAACCUACGACCUUCUGCUUAGGAAACAGACGCUCUAUCCACUGAGCUACAGGCGCUUUGUUGUUCCUUCCUUCUUUCUGUAUAUAUUUAUCAAUUGACUCCUACUAAACACUACCCUAAUAAAAAGGAGAAUUCCUUUGUCGAAAAA